AUGUAUCUCGGGCCUGACGCGUGGUGCGAGAAAUUCACCCUCCCUGCCAGAAAAGCCGAUGCAGUGAAGGCUUUUGAGGGGUUCAACACCGCCGUCAGGGCCAUCAUUGACAUGCCCCAGAACGAGCUCAGCAAAUGGGCUGUAUUCGACACUUGUGUCUAUCCGGUACCGACAUUCAUCCGCGGUCGCGUAUGUAUCUCCGGGGAUGCGGCGCAUGCGGCUGCGACUUACCAUGGUACUGGAGCUAGCUUUGCAGUGGAAGACGCAGCAGUUCUUGCACAACUUCUUUCCACUGCGGACGAGUAUACUGAAUCGCAUGAUGUUGAGAAUGGCGGUAUCUCGAAGCCUAAUUUAUUACGCAAGUCCCUCGAGACCUACAACUCUAUUCGUCUCGAGCGAGCACACUGGUUGGUGGAGACAAGCAGGCACAUCGGCAAAAUUUACCAGGGCCAGAACGCUGAGGUUGGAGUUGAUUCUACGAAAUGUGCACAAGAGAUUGACUGGCGUUGUCGAAAGAUUUGGCACUAUGAUGUUAAUCAAAUGACGAGGGAGACGAAAGAGCUCUUCACAAAGCAGUUGGAAACGGUUUGA